AUGGGUUUGAAAGUGUUCCUUCUCUUUGCGCUAUUGGCGCAGGUUGAUGCUGCUUGUGGGCCUGCACCCACCGCACCACCUACACCGAUGUCUACGACUUCGAUCGAGUCCACCACCACUAUACCCAUUUCCACGACAACUUUUGAACCUUCGACAACAACGAUGGCACCUUCUACAACCACCACAGAACCUUCCACCACCACCAUGGAAUCUUCCACCAUCACUACCAUAGAACCGUCCACCACAACUACUGAAGCUUCCACCUCAACUACUGAACCUUCCACCACAACUACUGAAACUCCUACCACCACCACCAUGGAACCUUCUACCACAAGUACUGAAGCUCCUACCACCACCACCAUGGAACCUUCCACCACAACUACUGAAGCUCCUACCACCACCACCACGGAGCCUUCCACCACAACUACUGAAGCACCUACCACCACCACCACGGAGCCUUCCACCACAACUACUGAAGCUCCUACCACCACCACCAUGGAACAUUCCACCACAACUACUGAAGCUCCGACUACCACCACCAUGGAACCUUCCACCACAACUACUGAAGCUCCUACCACCACCACCAUGGAACCUUCCACCACAACUACUGAAGCUCCUACCACCACCACCAUGGAACCUUCUACCACAACUACUGAAGCUCCUCCUACCACCACCACCACGGAGCCUUCCACCACAACUACUGAAGCUCCUACCACCACCACCAUGGAACCUUCUACCACAACUACUGAAGCUCCUCCUACCACCACCACCACGGAGCCUUCCACCACAACUACUGAAGCUCCUACCACCACCACCAUGGAACCUUCUACCACAACUACUGAAGCUCCUCCUACCACCACCACCACGGAGCCUUCCACCACAACUACUGAAGCUACUACCACCACCACCAUGGAACCUUCUACCACAACUACUGAAGCUCCUCCUACCACCACCACCACGGAGCCUUCCACCACAACUACUGAAGCUCCUACCACCACCACCAUGGAACCUUCCACCACAACUACUGAAGCUCCUACCACCACCACCAUGGAACCUUCCACCACAACUACUGAAGCUCCUACCACCACCACCAUGGAACCUUCCACCACAACUACUGAAGCUCCUACCACCACCACCAUGAAACCUUCUACCACAACUACUGAAGCUCCUCCUACCACCACCACCACGGAGCCUUCCACCACAACUACUGAAGCUCGUACCACCACCACCAUGGAACCUUCCACCACAACUACUGAAGCUCCUACCACCACCACCACGGAGCCUUCCACCACAACUACUGAAGCUCCGACCACCACCACGGAGCCUUCCACCACAACUACUGAACUUUCUACCACAACGGUGGAACCGACAACCACAGCUUGUCCCUGCUCCAUACUACCCACCUUUCUCCCAUUCACUAACGAUAAAUAUACGGAUGAAUGGUGGUCCAAUUUAAAAGCGGAAACCCAAUCAUCUUUCAAUAGCAGUUUCUUUGUGGACGCAGUAAGGAUGAGAAGUAAUUUCCAACCAGAUGGUUGUUCAGUAUAUAUUUCUUGUCUCAUCUAUGUCAAUGUAGAAACAACCUUCGUCCAAGCUAAAGCUUUUCUAAUCAAUGCGGACGACCAGGUAGAACUGAUUUCAGUAUCCGAAUGUGGACUUUUUUUUAAGAUAUACAAUUCUACUCAUUAUGCGGGCGACGACUUGAGGAUCCUUUUGGAUUGCAACCGUGACGGUCAAUACACAAAUAAGGGAGUGCCAUUUGACUUGCAAGUAGCUGGUUGCAUGUCCGUUGUUUAUAAUCAACCACUUUGA